AUGUAUAAUGGGACUAAGAAUGAGAAUUAUGUGACGAUGACGGAAGGCGUACAAACAUUUCUCGAAGAUUUGGGGUUGCUGCAAUAUUUUGACAUGUUCGUCAUCAAAGGCUUUGAUUGUGAGGACGAUUUAUGUCAUAUUGACAGUGCCGACCUAGAUUCCAUGAUGGUAUCGGACCCCGACCAUCGUCGACAGAUUCUACACGCAGCUCGUCGUUUCAAACCCAGCCCCGAGUACAAGUUGUUGGAAUGGCUCAAAACCAAUGGCCUGGAUUACUAUUUCCCAAACUUUGUGAACAGCGAGUCUGCCAACGACUUGGACCAAAUAAAGACUCUAAAUCUACCAGACCCAGACGUUUUUGACGAGCUAGAAAUCACACUACCUGGACACAAACGGCGACUCGAGCGAGCAGUCAGCCGAUUGAGGAAACGUAUCAAAGUAAUGGACCCGUCACCGGAAGAGCCCCUUGCGCAUGGUCGGUGGGCGAAGCCAAUGUCAUUGCAAGAUGGGAAAUUUGAUUUUCUGGUGUUGGAUGCCACAGUAUUUUCUACAAGAGAUCGGAAAAAGUCUCAUACACUGGAAUUUAUGAUAGAUUCUGGAAGUGACGUCACCACUAUACGAGAAGAGGUUCUGGAGAACCUAGAUUUGGAGUUAUUGGGCAGAAUACACAGUAAGGGGGUUCACGGAUCCAAAAGUACCAACCUGUACAAAGCCUUUCUCCGAAUAGGCAACCAGGAACUUCAGAUAGAGGUUAUGGGAGAGUCUUAUGACUCGCUUGGAAGUCGUGUUGUUCGCCACUUCAGACAUUUUAUCGACGGUAGCCGUCAUUUGUGGUUGAAGGGAGAUUACUGUGAUCCGGAUAUGACGCCACCUAGGACCGUCACGCCCUCUCCGUCGGAUUCUUCGGUAUCUCAUCGACUUCAGACCCAGUCUUCCUCAUCCUCAUCAUAUCUGCAAUCUACCUCAUCGUCUUACCGAAGUACAUCAGAUUCACUUUCCUCAUCGUCACAAAACCUCUCUCAAAGUCAAAACGGUUCACAGGACAUCACACUACAACCGGAAACGGAAGUGACGGAUGAAAUAGCUGCAACGGCAACAGAUAAUUCGCAAGAGAUAGAGGAACAGUUGCAGGUAGAACUAUCUCAAGACAGCGAUGAAGAAUUGUGA